AUGCCUACCAUCCAACCAUUCAAAGCCCUCAUUCUGGCCAUCCUGGCCCUUUCCCUCUAUCACUUCUACUCGCGGGCCAGGAGCAAGAAGUCGCCGUCACUCGAGGCCCUAGCAUGGGUAGGAAGAAACGACGCGGCGUGGUUCUUCCCUAACACCCGGGCGCGACUAUGGAAUAUGAUGAAUUAUGAAAAGGCGCUGAAACUGGCCUACGAUCAUUAUGCCGUCCACAACCGGCCGUGCAUCCUCGCGACUCUCGACGGAGAUGUGAUCCUGCUCCCGCCGUCAACCAUUCCCUGGCUCAUCUCUCAGCCAGAACAAGUGCUCAGCGUCAACGGAGCACACAAGCAUAUUCUCCAGACUAAAUACACUUUCCCACGACCUGAGAUCAUGGAUCCCACAGUUCAUUUCGACGUGAUCAAAUCCGAACUCACCCGACAAGUCUUCAACGUGACGCCCGAGGUCUGUGACGAGCUGGCCGCCGCGGUCGACGAGAUCUGGGGCACUGAUACUCAGCACUUCACCGAAGUCACGCUCUUCGAUUCCAUUACCAAGAUCAUCGCGCGGACAAGCAAUCGUGUGUUCGUUGGUUUACCGUUUUGCCGCGAUGAAGAAUAUAUUCACAACGCCGUCGGAUUUGCGGAGGACAUCGCCUUGUCCGCCACAUUGUUGCGGCUCUUUCCUGGCGUCAUACGCCCACUUGUGGCCCCUAUCAUCACGCAUCCGAACCGUAAGCACACGCGCGCCUUCACCCGCAUCUUGACACCCGAGAUUGUCCGGCGUCAGGGGCUACAGCAAGUGCAAGGCCAAGAAGCAGGUUCUGAUGUCAAAGAGGUAAAUGAUGUGGAGAAGGAAAGCCACUCUGACUGUGAUGGUGGUGGCAGAGCAGGACCGAAGAACGACUUUCUUCAAUGGCUUCUGACGCGCUCGCUGACGAAGCCGAAAUUGAGAGUGCACCCCGACGAAACGGACCCCGACAUCAUAUGUGCCCGACUGCUUCACACCAACUUUGCAGCUGUGCAUACGACCAGCUUCAUCGGCACGAAUGUGGUCUUGGACAUUCUGUCCGCCCCACUAUCCGAAAGCGUAGUGGACACGCUGCGCGCAGAGGCCGUUGAGACCAUGGAUGCGGAUUUGGAGUCAAGUCCGAGUUCGACUGCGAAAAUGUGGUCAAGGACAUCGCUGGCCAAGAUGACUUACCUCGACUCGGCCUUGCGCGAGAGCUCGCGCAGAGCCAGUAUCAUCGGCGUGGGAAUCAACCAUAAAGUCGUUGUUCCAGGCGGCAUCACGACCCCUGAAGGCACGCAUCUACCCGAAGGCAGCAUGGUCGCGGUGCACAGUUGGGGCUUGCACAAUGAUGAGAACAUCUAUUCAGUCGCCGGGGCCUACAGGCCGUUCAGAUUCGUCGAGUUGAAGGAGCAGAUUGGUCGGCGGGAACCAGCCAAGAGUGGCACAGUUGGAAUCGGUCAGGGUGAAGGUGAGCCGGAAGGCAGCGGCAAAAGCGGUAGCGGUAGCGGUAGCGGGAGCAGAGACGAGGCAAGUCCCACAGCAGCCCACGAGACGGACCGGGCGAGGGAAAGGGAACACGAGAAAGACAAGAACAAGGAGAAGGAGAAGGCGUACCUCGACAAAGCACAUCUCCAAUUCAUCGCCACGUCGCCGACGUACCUGGGCUUCGGGCACGGUCGUCACUCAUGCCCGGGCCGGUUCUUCGCCGCGAAUGAAUUAAAGUUGCUCGUCGCCUACCUUCUCACGCGGUACGAUAUUCAGAUGGUGGUGGAGGGAACGAGCGGCGCCGCAGGAAAUGACGGUUUGAACGGCAACGGCAACGGCAGGGGAGUCAGGCCUGAGUGUUAUUGGGCUGGGCCGAAUCAUGUUCCGCCGAUGGGGGCCAAGGUAAGGGUCAGAAGGAGUGAGGUGUGA